AAGAGAGAAUAGCUACAGAUUCUCCAUCCUCAGUCUUUGCAAGGGGACGGCUGUGCCGGGCUCUGGCAGGCUCCUGGCAGCAUGGCAGUGAAGCUGGGGUCCCUUCUGCUGGUCCUUGGGCUCAGCCUGGCUCAGCCAGCCUCUGCCCGCCGGAAGCUCCUGGUGUUUCUACUGGAUGGUUUUCGCUGGGACUACAUCAGCGAUGAGGCUCUGGAAUCAUUGCCUGGUUUCCAAGAGAUUGUGAGCAGAGGAGUAAAAGUGGAUUACCUGACUCCUGACUUUCCUACCCUCUCGUAUCCCAAUUACUACACCCUAAUGACUGGGCGCCAUUGUGAGGUCCAUCAAAUGACUGGGAAUUACAUGUGGGAUCCCAAAACCAACAAGUCAUUUGACAUCGGUGUCAACAGAGACAGCCUGAUGCCUCUUUGGUGGAAUGGAUCAGAACCUCUGUGGGUCACUCUGAUUAAGGCCAAAAGGAAGGUCUACAUGUACUACUGGCCAGGCUGUGAGGUUGAGAUUCUUGGUGUCAGACCUACUUACUGCCUAGAAUAUAAAAAUGUCCCCACGGAUAUCAAUUUUGCCAAUGCAGUCAGUGACGCUCUUGACUCACUCAAGAGCGGCCGAGCCGACCUGGCAGCCAUAUACCACGAGCGCAUCGAUGUGGAAGGCCACCACUAUGGUCCUUCAUCGCCUCAGAGGAAAGACGCCCUCAAGGCUGUGGACACCGUCCUGAAGUACAUGAUCCUGUGGAUCCAGGAGCGGGGCCUGCAGGACGACCUGAAUGUCAUCAUUUUCUCAGAUCAUGGAAUGACGGACAUCUUCUGGAUGGACAAAGUGAUUGAGCUGAGCGAGUACAUCAGCCUGAAUGACCUGCAGCAAGUGAAGGACCGGGGGCCUGUUGUGAGCUUGUGGCCCGCCCCUGGGAAGCACUCUGAGAUAUAUGACAAACUGAGCCAAGUGGAACACAUGACCGUGUAUGAGAAGGAAGCCAUACCAAACAGGUUCUAUUACAAGAGAGGGAAGUUUGUCUCUCCUUUGACUUUAGUGGCCGAUGAAGGGUGGUUCAUAGCAGAGAGUCGAGAGGCGCUUCCGUUUUGGAUGAACAGCACAGGCAGGCGGGAAGGCUGGCAGCGUGGAUGGCACGGAUAUGACAACGAGCUCAUGGACAUGAGAGGCAUCUUCCUGGCCUUUGGACCUGAUUUCAAAUCCAAUUUCAGAGCUGCUCCAAUCAGAUCCGUGGACGUCUACAACGUCAUGUGCAGCAUGGCUGGCAUCACCCCACUGCCCAACAAUGGGUCCUGGUCCAGGGUGGUAUGCAUGCUGAAGGACCUGGCCAGCUCAGCCUCCUCUGUCCAGCCAAACAGCUGUGCACUGGCCUUGAUUCUCUUCUUCCUGUUUGCAUAUUGAUCAUAUUGUCCGUCCCAAAAAUGCUGUAAGCAAAGUGUGCCUCCAAAGUGGAAUGUUUCUCAGUUUCUGUGUGAAUAAUAGCUUCAUUAACACAAUCAAGGCCAUGCACACUGUAAAUAUAUUGUUCUAGGAUACUUCUACCCAUAAAUGUCCAUACUUUUUUUUUAAAAAAAAGUUCUAAACUUUGUUUUUCCCAAAAGUAGACAAAUCCUAUAUUUUCAUUUGUCUAGAUUUAUACAGUUUUAUCCUUUAUUUUUGAAUAAUUCCUCAAGAUGAGCUACUUGAGUAGCUCAGCACUGGUGUGUCCUGAAGCAACCAAACUUGGAAUGGAUAGUCUGUGGUCAUCCUGGGUCCCUCUCUGUCCUGCCUUGUACAAAAUUGCUUCUCAGACCAGGCCCUUAUUUGUUCCCUGUGCACACUCAGGAGCCAUCCUUUAGGUCUGUGACCACAAUCCUGGACUGACCCUUCCACUCCAGAAAGGAGAAGUUCUACAUGAAAGCAAUGUCUGCUGUUUCUGACCCAGCUCAUAGUUUUGCCAUCUUAUACAAAGUCCCAGGAAGGACAUAUCCUAGCAGGGAUCAUCCAUGAACCAACAAAAAAAACCACUGAGGACUGGAGAACUCAUAGAACAAGGUGAAAAGACCUGGGUCCCCUUCCAAAGUCUUAGUGUUCAAUACCUUCUCCCUUCCCUUGAAGAGAAGAAAAGCUAGGAACAGACAAGCACUUCUGUGAGAUUUAUCACACAGAAUAUCAUGGUAUGAAGCCUUGGAAAUAGCAGACCUUCGAGUUAAAGGAGUGUUAGAUUGUCUGCCCACCCAUCUGCCCAUAUGACAACUUCUUCAAACACCACCACUCUUUAGCUCCUGAUUUGGGGCGUAGAACAGCAAUAUCUGGCAUGCCAAUUCAGAGCAGGCAAAGAGAUGGGUGCCUUACUGAUGAGAAUAUGAACAUGCUAGCAGAAAUCUUACUUCAUUGCUUGGACUGGUGACACUUUAAACAUAAGCUCCAUGCACCAGUAGCCCUGAAGCAAUACUUGCUUCACAGCUGCAAAAGGAAAUCCUUGAAUUACAUAGAGUCCCAAAGGAAAUGGUGGGGUUCAGGAAUGGGGAGAGCCUGACGGAGCUGGAUCCCAGUCCCUGACCAACUAGCCAUUUGAGUAAGAAACAAACAUCAAACUGAAGGUCAAAGUGAGUGGCAGCUCCAGGCAGCCAUGAGGUCAUGGGGUCAAUAACUGAUACCAUGAGGUUCAGCAGGUUUGAUGUAUUAAAUGCAUUUUUUUAAAACUCACUGAUGUUUUUAACUUAUGAUGGGUUUAUCAGAGUGUGACCCAUCUUAAGUAGAGGAGAAUCUGUAUAUGAAUCCCAGUAUUGCUUUUAAAAUGUUCCCUCUGAGAUGAAACACAUCUGCACAUGAGACUGUCAGGAGGCCCACACCUCACGGCUCCUCAGGACAAGGAAGCCCUUAUAAGGUGUUUAUCUUGGGGAAGGAAUAUCAAGCCUCAUCUGAUUCAGGAAGAUGGGGAGGCUUCUCCAUGCCAUGAAUCAUGAGAGCAAUGGAUCACUACUUUGAAAUACUGAAUUGUCCCUUACAAAAGAUUUCUAAGGAUUUAUGAAAGGUGUUUUUAAAGCUCCAGCAAACAUUGACUCAAUCGGAAAGGAGGCAAAUCAGCCUUUGUUGUGUGGCUGAAAGCAAAUAGUACUCUCAGAACGUGGGGCUGGUGGUGGAGACAGACAUCUAUUGUUCAAAAUUGGCUUCCUCUGUAAAGGAAGGUGGUCUGCUGAGUUCUAUGGAGCCCACUUCCUGCCCUGGGAAGGAAGGAUCUCUCAGAGGUAUCCAAGCAAUUAAAUAAAAGUGCAUCCUCAAAAUCAAGAGGGGAUAAACACGGACACAGUCUUGCCUUUCCUGUUCCGUUCUUCCCUUUCUUUCCUGUACUCACCCUUAACAACUUCAAGGCACAUAACAAAAUUUCAGCUAUUUUUCUGAAAAAGUAUAAUUUCUCAAUAAAUAAUGUUGCUCAAAUUAAAGAAAAUAAGAUACCAAAGGAAUCAUGAAUACUGGUAAAUAAUUUUAAAAAUUCAGAAUCUGAAUUUUUUUAAAAAAAACUUUUUUGCCUAAUAAUGUGUACAUUUGAAUGGCUGAAUUAUCGGUUCAAAUUUGUUUCCUUUAUUUUUGUUUUAAGUUUGCAUUAUUUUUCCCUAGGAAAAUUUCACCUUUCUAAAUAUGUUUUGUUCCAUUGGCGUAAAAUAUCUGCUAGGAAUAGGUAGGUAUAGAUGCUUCCCUCCCUGGAUUAUUUCCCAACUUUUCUGCUAAUUCCAGAAGGAAGAUAAUUGAGUUAACUCACCAAGGAUAAAUGAGAGGAAUUUUCCUUAAACUAUAGAUGCUAUCAAGGGAAACUUUCUCCACCCAUGUAUCUGAUCUCCAGAACUUGAUUCCAUAAGUUCUAAAGUUCCAUAGAUUCCAAGUUCUAAAGACCUAUUCGUAAACCAGAAGAGCCCAGGGAAUUCCUUCUAACAUAGGAAUCCGGAAUUAUAAAAACUGAGUUCUCUUCACUUUCAGAGGGACCUUAGAAAUCCAUAUCAGAUCUGAGAUCAGUGACAGACAAUACUUUGCAAACUUUCUUGCCUUUCAGGGCUCAUCUGACCUACCAUAACAGCUACAGGCUUGGAAGACCUGGAAUAGGGCUCAGACAACACUUUUCAAUCACAUUGAUCCAAGGUUGGGUUUUCUCUGAAGAUAGAUGAGUUCUGACUUGAUCCUGACAAAGCUCUUUGAUAAUUCAUGAGUUUCUCCAGGACCAUUGGGGCUGACAUUGGCCACUUACCUCAGUUGAUCAGGUGUCCAGCCUCCCCUAAACCAAAGUAGAUGUAUGUGUCAGCCCCUGGGGUGGAGGGAAGAACCAAAAGACCAACGUGGCUUCUCCACACCCCACUCCUUGUGGCUCUAAGAUUCCUGACGGUGCUAUCAAACAAGUUUGGACAUUGUUCAAGACACACAGGUAUCUUACACGUUUUCCAACAAAGUGUGUUUCGCAUUUAUGUAAAUAUCAAGAGAUCUCCAAAUGCGAUUGUGUGUUUUCUCUUUUUAAGCAAUUUGUGAAAGACCAAAGUCAGCUUCUGUAAACGGCUUGCUAGAAAAAAGAAAGAGAGGUGAUAGCCUUGACAGACUGGUUUUAAAACAUUUGAAACUUUGUCUCAGGUAUAUGCUAUUGGAAAAUAAACUAUGUUGCUUUGAAAUCAUGAAGCAGCACCUAGUAUAGUGCCAUAAAUGUUUAACAAAUGUCCCAUAAAUACGUGUUGAAUGAAAAAAAGAAUAAAUGUCAUUAGGGAGACCUGUUCCUCUCUCUUUUUCUGUAGCUCCUUUCAUUAAAUGAAUUUUCCACCUUUA